AUGGGAUCGUAUGCCAAACCCGAGUCCACCCUGGUAUUAGACCCUACUUCAACCGAAUACGAGCGGUACCGGACGCGUAUCUACAAUGCUCGUCAUCCUGACCGGAAGCCGGUGGAGAUUGUCGUGCCAUUAACAACCACGGAUGUCACGUCAGCUGUGAAGAGAGCCAAAGAGAAAGGUCUCAAGGUUGGUGUACGGUCGGGUGGUCACCUUUUUGCAGCUCCGGCGGUCAUUGAGCAAGGGUUGUUGAUUGACGUUAAGUUCCUGAACAAAGAUAUUCAGUAUGAUCCAGUCAGUCAAAUUUUGACAUUUAGUCCUGGCCAUACUGUUGAAGAACUGGCCGGGCACUGCGGAAAAAUCGGACGGUUCUUUCCAUAUGGCCAUUCACGGACGGUUGGCGCCGGCGGAUUCCUUCUCACAGGUGGUCAAGGGCUGUUCUGCCGCGGCCAUGGGUAUACCUACGAGUCUUGGGUCACACAGAUCGAGGUUGUCACACCGAACGGAGAGGUCGUCAUUGCUAACAAAACGGACAAUCACGACCUGUUUUGGGCUGCCGGUGGAUGUGGCCAGGGGUUUUUCGGUGUAUUGACUAGAGUCUGGGGUAGAACGGAUCGUCUGAGGAAGCUAUUUGACACCACUUACGUGCUCGACUCAACAGACCACUUCAAGCCUCUUCUCAAAUGGGCUAUAGAGCUCGCGGAGCGUAUACCUAAACAACAGGUCGACUACUUCAUCGGGACUAUGUACGCCGACGGCCAAGGCCUUGGGGACGAUGAAUCCAGAGCAAAAAGGGUUCUCAUGCUCAUUAAUAUUACAAUUGGGUGCGACUCUAUUGAGGAAGCCAAAACACUGGCCGCCCCACUCGACACGCUUCCAGAAGAGUUUCGAAAGAUUGUAGUCUCUCAGAUACCAAUGCAAGAAAGAGAAUUUGAGGCGCUAUGGGAUCUACAGGAUAAGUUUAUUCCGGGGGGGAAUGGUGAAAGAUAUCGAGUUGAAAGCGUUCUCGUGGGUUUCGAUGCGUCUGAUGAUGAGAUUGUUGACAAGGCAGAGGCCGCUUUGCUCAAGUUACCAACUCGCAAAGCCACAGGUGCACUUGCAAUUGUGGACUCUAGGCCUGAUGAAAACAUUCAAGCAUUAAGUCUGCCUUCCAGACUGAUGAUAUCGAGCAUGGUGUGCUACCAAGACCCUUCUCUUGAUGCAAAAAUGGAUAAAUGGGCUCUUGAUACAUACACGGAAAUCGAGAAACUUGGUCUUGGUCAGCAUGCUGGGGACUUUGAUGUCAAUCAGCGAGUCUCAAAGAUUAUGACAGACUCUGCACUUACGAAAUGGUUGAAGAUCCGUGAGAAGUACGAUCCCGACGAGAUGUUUAUUGGCUAUCGAGGUUUUCAAAAAUCAUUAGAGCGCAAGUGGAAUCGCUGA